AUGGCAAUGCUCGAGGUGUGGGGUCGUCGGACUUCGUCCAAUGUUCAAGCACUGAUGUGGUGCAUUGGCGAGCUUGGUCUUCCUUAUAACCGCCACGAUAUAGGACAUCGUUAUGGUGGCAACGAAACGCCCGAAUUUUUGUCUAUGAAUCCCAACGGCACGGUCCCUGUUCUUCAGGAUGGCGAUAGUGGACCGCUUUGGGAGACAGGUGCAAUACUACGAUACCUUGCCGAUCGCUACGGGAAGGACGAAUUCUGGCCUAAGGACUAUCAGAGACGCGCUUCAGUUGACAAAUGGGCAGAAUGGUCAAAACUGAACAUAGCAAUGGCUUUUACGUCGCCAAUUUUCUGGCGCGUCGUCAGAACAGCGCCGUCAAAGCAGGACCAAGGGGCUAUCGAUAGUGCUAUUGCACAUCUCGAUCGCUUCCUUGACAUAGCGGAAACGCAGUUAUCGACUCAAUUAUUCAUCGCCGGUGAUACUUUUACGCUGGCGGACAUUCAAUUUGGGCAUAUUUUGUUCCGUUAUUUCGACAUCCCGAUCACCCGGAAAGAGCGUCCUAAUUUGCGUCGAUAUUAUGAUGCACUCACCAAUCGCAACGCAUAUCGAGAACAUGUGAUGAUUGAGUACGAGGAAUUGCGUGUCUCGCACUAA